AACAGAUUUGCCUCCUUUGUGUGGCCCCAGAUCCUUGUAAUCUCUAACCAUAUUUCAAAAUCAUCAGUUUCAUUUUUUUCGCCUUUGGACUUUUGACUCUCUCUCUCUCUCUCUCUCUCUCUCUCUCGCAUAUGCUGAAUUAGCAUUGCGUUUUUUCACGUCAUCGUUCUUUUUUCCUCAUCUCUCUUGCUAGAGAGAACACAAAAGAAUUAUCAAUCCAAAAAAAUGGCUAUAUCAUCAUCUUCAUCGUCCAUGCAAGAUAUCUUAAAGCAACGCAAAUACCCAUUCAUCUUCUCUUUUUUCCUUUUACUCAUCUUCGUCACUUUCCUCCUCAUUUCAAACUCCCAGAAAUCUCCCAUAUUCGUUGCCAUCGACUUUGCUCAACGUACCUCUCAAUCCAAAUCAUCAAUUCCCGAUAAUCCGGAAUUGAAUCCUAACACUAUUUCAAACGAAAACGUACCGCUGAAUAAUAGUAUUACGAUCAAUCCUGAGUCUGACGUCCCGCUGAAUAAUAAUUAUACGAUCCAUACUGAUUCUGAUACAUUAAUCAACAAUGAAUUGGAAAGGUUCGCUUAUGAUUGGAAGCUAUGUCCCGGUCCCGUGGCGGUUGAUUACAUACCGUGCCUUGAUAAUUGGAAAGCAAUAAAGGCAAUAAGGUCAAGAAGGCAUAUGGAGCAUAGGGAAAGGCAUUGUCCUGUACCUAGUCCCAGGUGUUUGAUUCCGUUGCCGGUUGGUUAUAAGUUGCCGGUUUCGUGGCCUAAGAGCAGGGACAUGAUAUGGUACGACAAUGUUCCUCAUCCUAAGCUUGUGGAAUAUAAGAAAGAACAGAAUUGGGUUAAACAAUCUGGUGAGUAUUUUGUUUUUCCUGGAGGUGGAACACAAUUCAAGGAUGGAGUGAAUCACUACAUCGAAUUCAUUGAAAAGACUUUUCCAACAAUUGAAUGGGGAAAGAAUAUAAGGGUCGUUUUAGAUGUUGGAUGUGGUGUUGCUAGCUUCGGCGGUUAUUUGCUGGAUAAAAAUGUCAUUACCAUGUCAUUUGCUCCAAAGGAUGAACAUGAGGCUCAGAUACAGUUUGCACUGGAGCGCGGAAUCCCUGCUACUCUCUCAGUCAUUGCAACUAAAAAGCUUGCAUUUCCAGAUAAUGCAUAUGAUGUGAUUCAUUGUGCAAGAUGCAGGGUUCAUUGGCAUGCAGAUGGAGGAAAACCAUUGAUGGAGCUCAACAGGAUUCUUAGGCCAGGAGGGUACUUCAUAUGGUCUGCAACUCCAGUUUAUAAGAAGGAUGAAGGACAUAAGAAUGUCUGGAAAGUUAUGGUUAAUCUGACAGAAGCAAUGUGCUGGAAGAUGGUGGCAAAGACCUACUUUAAAAAGGCUAGAGUCGGGCUAGUCAUAUAUCAAAAGCCAGAUUCAUCUUCCUGCUAUGAGAAUCGUAAAGAAAAUAAUCCCCCUAUGUGCGAAAAGAACCAUAGGCUGAAUAGUUCAUGGUACACGCCACUGGACAUCUGUCUUCUACCACUCCCCACGAGUAGCUACGAGUGGCCUGCACCUUGGCCCCAGAGGCUCAACAACAAACCUCUAAGUCUAUCCCUUGAAACAGACGCCGAAGAAAUAUUUAAUGCGGAUACAAAACACUGGGCAGCUUUGCUAUCAGAUGUGUACUUAGGAGGUCUUGGCAUAAAUUGGUCAAAUGUGAGGAAUGUGAUGGACAUGAAUGCAGGCUAUGGAGGAUUUGCGACUGCACUGAUUGAUCGACCCCUGUGGGUAAUGAACGUCGUUCCUAUCAGUGGACCGGAUACUUUACCCAUUAUCUUUGAUAGAGGGUUGAUUGGCACAUACCAUGACUGGUGCGAGUCCUUCAAUACCUAUCCGCGGACAUAUGAUCUUCUACAUUCCAGCUUCCUCUUUGGAAAUUUAAGUCAAAGAUGUGACCUAGUGGAUGUAGCUGUGGAGAUGGACAGAAUGCUGAGACCAGGUGGAUAUUUUUUAGUUCAAGACACUUUGCAGAUGAUUAAACAACUUGGCUCAAUUCUGCGUUCACUUCAUUGGUCGGUAACUCUACAUCAAGAGCAGUUUCUCGUUGGCAAGAAAGAUUUUUGGCGCCCCAAAGACACAGCAAAAAUAUCAAAGUCCUAAACAGUUUUGUAUAUUUUACAGUUAUAUCUCCAGUUUAUCUGUAGAGAGAAAAGAAAACAUACUUCUCAACAAGUUUUGUAUAUUCAUUCAUUUCUUCUCAAGGAGAAGUAUUCAAAUUUAUACAAAUACAUACUUCCAGAGGAAAGUGAUUUUUGCCUCUAAAAAUGAAAAGAUGUUCGCUUCUUGGCACCACUUAUCUACAGUAACAUUCCUUUUGGCAUACCAGCUUUUUUGUAGAGAGAUAAAACCAUAAUUUUAACAUGAUCCGCCUCUGUCGUGGAGUACUUAUUUUUGUUGUUAUUAGUGUUUCUUUUGGGAG